AUGGCGAUCACUAAGUUCCUGUUGCCCCAAUCCCAAAUUUUUGUGAUGCCUGAAGGCCUUAAAUUGUUCCUCUCUGAUGUCUUGAUCCACAUCAGUGGAAAGUGGAGUGAUGAUAAGCACAAAAAAGGACAUAUUCCUUUUGACCUGAAGUUGGAUCGUAUCACCAUCACAGUUACCUUUUAUCUGGGAAAGAAUGAUAAAGGCCAUCUUACUAUUUCUGUGGCGAGUUGCAACAUCCACAUCGACAAUGUUAAUAUAUUCAGCUCAACCAACCAAAAUUGGCUGAGAGAUCUAUAUAAGCAAAAUUUCCAGGCAACAUUACAAACUGACAUCACCAAAAAGAUCUGUAAAGUGAUACGUGAGACUACAACCACUUACAUGGAACCCUACCUCCAGACCAUGCCAGUGAAAGUAAAGGUGGAUGAAAUAAGUGGAAUCGAUUAUACUCCAAUGAAGCCUCCACAAAUUUCACAUCAUAACCUGGAUAUUCCUCUGAGGGGCCACUUUUUCAGUUUGAUUCAGCACAAGUCACAUCCCUCUCACCCUCCGAUUAUGAAUUUCCAUGGCAGUCAACUACAAAUGAUCUUGUUUGCGGUCUCACAUACCGUCUAUGACUCAAUCAAACAUGUUUACCAAGAUGCUGGAAUCAAAUCCCUCCAAGUGACUAAUUUCAAGCUUCCAAAGAAUUCCAAAUUCCCAUUGGCAACCAGCUACUAUGGAACUCUGAUCCCUGAGUUGUCCAAGAAGUUUCCCAACCUGGAAAUGAAAAUAGAUGUCGGCCUCCCCUCUCUACCAACUGUUGUCUACAACUCUAGACAUAAAAUGAGCCUUACAUCUGUGCUUUCAGCCCAUGUCAAUGCGAUUUCCUCCAACUCUUCUCCUAUUCUGCUCUUUACACUGAGCCUGGAUAUAAGUGUUACACUCCACAUUAAUGUGAAGAAUGGUACCAUUUCAGGGCACUUAUCAUUAGAAAGCAUCAAAAUUAAAUUGAAGCACUCAAAUGUCGGCAAUUUCCAGGAGUCUGUGCUGCACCAAGCUUUUGUUUAUUACAUGAAUGAAGUUUGGAUUCCUAUAACUAAUAGGUGGCUGGGAAAAGGUUAUCCUCUACCCAUACCAGUUAAUCUCCACUUCUUCAACUAUAUUGUAUAUCCUCAUAAGAAUUUCCUGGUAUUUGGAUCAGAUUUUAACUAUUUCUGAGGGCAUUUGGCUGACUGCCAUGGUCAUCUGCAUCUCAUACACCAUCUCCAUCCUAUGGCAUCCAUCAGGAUAGAUAGUUGGGGAACUGUCUAUCAUUCCACUACUCUGAAACUUGAUCCACCAAGAACCUCUGUAUUUGUAAUUGAUGAAGAGAAAGGACAUUGGAAAUUUGAUACCGUUCAGUGGGAAGGUCUUUGUUUUGUUAAAAAGCAACUAAAAUUUUCCAUUGGAGUGGGAAGUUGUGGGGUGGGAGGGAAUUCUACUGAGGUUUUCUUAAUACAAUGUUUUUCAUUAUAACCUUAAUAAAUACACUCUCUUCCAAUAAAUACAGAACCUUCUUAAUGCAUUUUUCAUUAUAACCUUAA